AUGAACGGCAACAUGAAUCUUUAUGCCAAAUUGGACGGUGGAGAUGCAAUCCCCAUUAAGAAAUCUAUCUGGACGACGUUCACAACCGUAGCAAAGGAGAAACCGGACCACGUCGCCGUUGUGUCGCGCAGCCAGCCAUCUGAUCUUCUUGCCUCUGUAGUUGGCAAGACUUCCAACAACCCCAAGGUCGGCCUGGAGUGGACGUACGCGCAGCUUGCCCAGGGCGCCCUCAACAUUGCCUCUGUGAUGAAGAGCUAUGGUGUCAGGCAGAACUCGGUACUCCUCGCAUUCCUUCCUCCAGUAUGUGCGGAAUGGUCACUGCUCUGGUGGAUGGCGAACUGCCUCGGGGUCACUCUUGUGACUAUCGACAAGCGAGCUCUGGAGCCAGCAAGAGUAGACGAAUUGACCUUCUAUAUUCGUUCGCUCCAGCCGGAGUCUGUGGUUGUUUAUGAGAGCCAAGAUGCUGCGGCGGUGGAUGAUAUUUGUGCUGAGCUGCAGCAUUCAAUCAAGAGCAAGGUGACUCUCGAUGCCGGUGAUGGUACUGCAGGUUGGACUGGACUCGCAACCUUCGACUCAUCAGUCAACAGUAAUGACCACGCUGUCGAUACCAACGACACGGACUACGAUCGCACAGCCGUCAUCCUUUACACUUCUGGCACAUCAACGGGACAGCCCAAAGGCUGUCCCUUGACAGAGAAGAAUCUCGUCUUCGGUUGGUUGAUUAGCAAACCUUUUUCCUCCAAGGUAACAGGUGUCGCCACAAGGAUCAUCAUGAUGUUCGCCAACUCGAGAGCCAUCAACUUGCAGAUGUGUAGUAAGUGCUGGCUUAUCGGUGGCACAGUCGUAUAUCUCUCCACGGGCUUCACACCAGAAGGCGUGCUGUCGACCACCAAGCAAGAAGCAAUCACUGAUUCCAUAAUAAUCCCCCCGAUGUUGGGAGCGAUUGUCAGCCAUCCCACAUUCUCUAAAGAAAGUGUGAAGAGUGUUGACAGGGUGUUCGUGGGAGGUGAUAUGGCAAUGGCAGAGCUUCAGGACGUGGUUACGGAGAAUUUUGUCAACGCACAGAUUGUCUCUGUAUACGGCAUGACCGAAGGCCUCGGGGUAGUCGGAUGGCCUGACACCCGGGUCCCAACACGCAUCCCUGUAUCAAUGGGUCUGCUCGCACAAGGCUCCAUUCUUCCCGGUAGUGUUCUCAAGAUUGUCGACGACGAUGGUGCUGUCACCAAAAGGGAAGAGACUGGAGAUAUACACAUCAUGAGUCCUGUGAUGAUCGAAUCAUACCGCGACAACAUGGCUGCGGACACCUUUUACGAGGAUGAAGAGGGUCGAUGGUUCAAGACUGGCGAUGUCGGCUUCAUCGACAAGAAAGACCAUUUCUACGUCUUGGGAAGAAAGAAGGACAUCAUCAAAAGACUCGGUGUGCCUGUUCCUCCAAUCUUGCUAGAAAACGUCCUUGCCAGCUUCGGAGGUGUACAAGCAUCGGUCAUUGGUCUGCCAAACCAAAGACUAGGAACGGAGAUAGUGGCUGUGGUAUCGAACGUACCCAAAGCAACUCCUCAGGAGUUGAAGAAUCUGGUAGUGGAGCAUCUGGGUCCAGAUUAUGCACUUAGCAAAGUGUUCGCGCUGCAAGAGCUCGGGAUGCAAGAAUUUCCGGUGAAUGUUACUGGCAAGGUGAUGAAAAUUGAAUUGCGCAAGGCUGUUGAGGGUGUUCUGUCAAGAGAGUCGUGA